GAGUUCACUACAUUAGAAAUGUUAGGUUGUGUUUAUUGUAAAUCUGAGUGGUAAAAUGGCAUUAACUAAUUUAUUAGGGAAAAACAGUAUAGGCGCCCUUAUCGGCAAUAACAAUCCUUUGUUGGUUUCUGUGCGACUGGGACAUAGAAUACGCGGCAAACGGCCAGGUGUCGCAAAGUCUUUAGAGCAACGCUUGCAGGAGGAAAAUGCCAAAGAUCCUGAAUUAACUGCACGCGUAAACAUUGGCUUUCCACAUUUAAAGCCCUCGCGUUCCGAACAACUGAAGCAACGUUUGGCGCACUUGAAAGCACAACGUUCUAACGCACAAGUGGAGAAGUUGGCCCGUGCUAACAAAUUGCUUAUUGAUCUGGAUGCAGUGCAGUCGGAAUAUAGGGCAACAACUGGCCAAUAUGAUUUGCGUGUAAUUGCCGACCAUUAUGGUAUUUUUGAUGACUUAUUUGGUCUGGCAUACUUUGUGCCGCGUAUUGCGUUGAACGUGCAGUACCAACUGGAUGAUAAUACGUUCAGCCCAGUUUACAAUGGUAACGUUAUAAAGCCAGCAGAAGCGCUUAAUGCGCCCGAGGUUAUUUUUGAUGGCACGAUCGAUCCAAUAACCGGAAAGAAAUCUGAUGGGGAAUCCUUCUGGACGCUUAUUGCUACUAAUCCAGAUGCCCACUUCACCGACAGUUCGUCCGAAUAUGUGCACUGGUUUAUCUCAAAUAUUCCAAAUGGCGACGUUAAGCAGGGAGAAGUAAUGGUAGAGUACUUACCACCUUUUCCGCCAAAAGGCGUUGGCUACCAACGCAUAGUCUUUGUGCUAUACAAACAAGUUGGCAAACUAGAUUUCAGUAAAUAUAAGCUGCCAUCGAGCGAGAAAAAUAAUUUAGAAAAACGUACCUUUAAGACACUCGAUUUCUAUCGUGAACAACAGGAUAAUAUAACACCGGCAGGACUUGCCUUUUUCCAAAGUGAUUGGGACAGUUCUCUUGCUAAGUUCUAUCACAAUGUUCUAAAUAUGAAGGAACCAAUUUUUGAAUACGACUUCCCCAAACCAUACGUUGCCGAUCAGAAAUUCUUCCCAUUGAAGCAAGCGUUUAACCUGUAUUUGGAUCGUUAUCGUGACCCCAAAGAAAUCAAUAAAGAAUUUUUGGAACGUAAAUUAGCGAAAACACACCCAUUUGAAGGUCCGGAAAAACCAUUACGUUUCCCAAAUGCGCAUCCUAUACGUGGCGUGCCGUCAUGGUUAAAAACCGAAAUACGCAAACGCCGGCUCGGCAUUGGCCGUAUUAAUGAUUAUAAAUAAUCGUUCAUCUCUAAUUGGUGCAUGAUAAAGAAAUGAUGUAUCAAAUUAUGCGGCUUUACCAAAUUUGUAGAACUAUAGUAAAGAAAUGCAAAAUAUAGGAAAAAGUUAUAAAAUAUAUGCGCUGAAAUCUACAUUUUACGCAACAUAAAACUA